AUGUCUAAUGGUAUGAUGGGUGGUUUCAAUCCUGAGAUAGAAUUAAUUAUUAGUCAGUUGGAACGUGGUACAAUUGUUACAAGAUUUUUCCCUCGAAAAAGGCCUGAAAAGAAAACGCUAAUGAUCCGCCGAGAAACAAGACAAAUAGCAUGGGCAAGAACACAAACUAAUAAAGCAUUUGAUGGCACUAUUGAAAUGAGAGAAGUUAAAGAAAUAAGGCUUGGUAAAAGCUCCAAGGAUUUUGAAAGAUGGCCUGAAGAAGCUAAAAGAAUUGAGAAUUCUCGAUGCUUUGUUGUUACUUAUGGUUCUGAAUUUAAAUUGAAAUCACUUUCGAUAUCUGCUUUGUCUGAAAAAGAAUGUGAUUUAUGGAUUCGAGGUUUACGAUACUUAGUUCAAGAUACAAUAGCUGCCCCUUAUCCCCUCCAGGUAGAAAGGUGGUUGAGGAAAGAAUUUUAUGCUAUGGAGAAUAAUAGGGAAACUGUUACAUUGAAGGAUGUAAAAGCCUUUCUGCCUAGGAUUAACUGCAAAAUUUCUACCAAUAAAUUGCGGGAACUAUUUCAGGAAGUUGAUACUAAAAAAAGAGGAGAGCUUCCCUUUGAUGAUUUUGCUCAACUCUAUCAUAAAAUAAUGUAUGAUGAAAAUACCUUUAAAGACAUUUUGGAUCUAUAUUCUUCUAAUUUUGAAAAUAAAAAAAUUGUAUCUGUUCAAGACUUGACAAAAUUUUUAGUGCAUGAGCAAGGUGACAGAGUAGAUGGCAGGGAAGUUUCUAGACAUAUGAGAGAAUAUUUGCAAGAUACACAACGGAAUGUCCAUGAACCAUAUUUUACAACUGUUGAGUUUUUAGACUUCCUUUUCUCUAAGCAAAAUGACAUUUGGGAUCAUAGGUUUGAUGAAGUAUACCAAGAUAUGAACCAGCCUUUAUCUCAUUACUGGAUUUCAUCAUCCCAUAAUACUUAUUUAACCGGAGAUCAGUUUUCUAGUGAGUCAUCUUGUGAAGCUUACGUACGUUGUUUGAGAAUGGGUUGUAGAUGUAUAGAACUUGACUGCUGGGAUGGACCAGAUGGAAUGCCAAUAGUUUAUCAUGGUCACACUCUAACAACUAGAAUUAAGUUUAUGGAUGUUAUAAAGACCAUCAAGGAACAUGCUUUUGAUGUUUCUCAAUAUCCUGUUAUCUUAUCAAUAGAAGACAAUUGCUCUUUACCUCAACAAAGGUAUAUGGCUGCUGCCAUGCAGGAAGUUUUUGGUGAACAUCUACUAACUCAUGCUGUAGAAAAAAAUGAAUCCUAUCUUCCAUCACCCCAGCAACUUAUCCAAAAAAUUAUCCUCAAACAUAAAAAGUUACCUGAAGGGGCAGAUGAUGGAUCCAUUCUCCUCAGGCGUGAAGAUGGGCGAGAAAUGGAUUUACGUAAUACUGUCAAAAAUGGUAUUUUAUAUCUGGAAGAUCCAGUUGAUAAAGAAUGGAAUCCACAUUUCUUUGUUCUAACACAAAAUAAACUAUUUUAUACUGACAGUUACCAUGGAGCUGAAGAAGUUGAUGACGAAACUGACACUGAAGAAACUGGUCCCAUAAGCAUAUUGAAAUUAAAAGAGGGGAUACCAAAUGAUGAACUUCAUUAUGGUGAAAAAUGGUUUCAUGGAAAACUUUCUGGGGGGAGAGCUGAAGCGGAAGCCCUUCUUAAAGCAUAUUCACAUCUGGGUGAUGGUACAUUUUUAGUCCGAGAAAGUGAAACCUUUGUUGGAGAUUAUUCACUUUCAUUUUGGAGACAAGGAAAAGUGAAUCAUUGCCGAAUUAGGUCCAAACAGGAUAGGGGUCAAAUAAAGUUCAUGUUGAUUGAUAGUACAUGCUUUGAUAGCCUCUAUACACUUAUUACGCACUACAGGUCACACCCGCUGAGAAGUCAGGAAUUUCAAAUCAAACUAACUGAACCUGUACCUCAGCCUACAACACAUGAGGGUAAAGAAUGGUAUUUACCUAAUGCUUCACGGUCUUAUGCAGAAGAGUUAUUGAGAAGAGUUCCUCAUGAUGGUGCAUUUUUAGUUCGCCCUAGUGAUAAAGAUAACAAUGCAUAUGCCAUUUCAUUUAGGUACGAUUUUGUGAUUAAUUAUUUGUAUGAUGGAUUAUCGAAUGUUAAAUAG